CUCUCACCACCACUCGUCCGCCGCACCUGCCGCCGCCAUGUCGCUGCUGCGCUCCUACGACGCCUUUCUCUUUGCCAACGCAUCGCAGAUCACCGCCGUCGAGAGCUCGCUGCGCAGCCUCGCCUUCUUUCUCCCCGGCCGCUUCAAGGAUGCCGAGCUUACAGCUGAGGCUCUGUCGGCCAGCUUGAACAUCUUGGGCCUGUACCACGACUCGAUUCUCUAUCGCCUCGUCUCCUCCGGCUCGUCGCCAGCCUCGUCCUCCUCGUCGCCCGGCCUGGACUCAUCAAGCCCCGCACGGCUAGCAUACACGCCCUCGCCGCACGCGCGCUACACCACCCACUUCGCCGACUCGUCGCCGGCGUACAACCUCUGCGCCCGCGCGCUCGUGCUGGUGGGCUACACGGAGCUGCUCGCUGAGAUGCUGGCGCGCAGGAGAGGCGGACGGAAGCGUGCCUGGGAUGUAGUCGUGGGCAUCGAGGGAGUCAAGGUCGCACUGCGCCUGGCGCUCCUGCGCCUGACCAAGAUGCGGCCUACUAUCCAGCCGCCGAUUCCGGAGCGCGAGGUCGACCCUGCGCUUCUGGAGGACCUUCCGGCGUCUGGAACAGCCUCGCCGACGCAGUGGCGCGGCGCACGCACCGGCCUGUCGCGCCCUACGCUGGCUUCUCUGAAGGCGCCGCCCGCCACGCCUGCCAGCGGCAUCGCCGGCCCCACACGCGCGCGCCUGGCCGCUGGCUCGCGCAGCGGGCGCAGCGCAGCGAGCGAGUUUGACUCGGACUCUGACUCAGACGACACGCUCGUCGAGAGCCUGACGGAGAAGGACGUCAACGACUACCUGCUCAGCAAGACACUCAAGCCGGCAGAUGUUCGCAGCCCCACGGAGCUGGUGCGGCCAGUGUCGAGCCGAGAGGGCCUGCUCGCGGAGGGCAUCUGGAUCGCGCGACCUUUCGCGUAUGCUCUCGCGCUGCGCAAGUACGGCCGGAAAGCGCUGCUGCCUUUCUUCCUGUCCCUGCUGCUGGAGCUGCUGGCGCGCACGCUGCGCCAACGCUCUCUCGCUCUCGCCUCCGGUCCGCGCACGAACCCGCUGCUGCUGGCUCUCUCGGGCGGCAACCCGCUGCUCGGCCUCGUCACGGCCUUCCUCGGCGGCGCGCCGACCAAUCAGGCCGUGUCGGACGUGGAGGCGGCGGAGUGGAAGCGCCGCGGCCGUGCCUUCUGGUGGUACCUUCUGCGUGGACCUGCGUGGGACGGCUGGACCAAGCCGAAGCUCGAGGGUCUUGCCCGCGCGACGGAGAACCGCACGCUGCUGGGCAUCGUCGGCGGCAUCGUGCGCGACCACAUUCCGCUCGUCGACGAGUACCACUUCUACUCGGCCACGUGAAUGCGCAUCGCACGCCUUGCGGCAAGUAAGAUCUGGCGGCGUUCCGGGGGAGGCGGCGCGGCGGGUGGUGUCAUGGUACAGCGGGAGCGGGAUAGCGGGAUUGCGAACUAGAGGGUCGAUGAGGGACGUUGAAGCAUGACGGGAGCGAGGUGGGAGUGGUGGCACGGCGUGUCUGGGUGGCCCGCACGCGGGCCGGGAAUGGUGUGUAGCUGAUGAGGUGCGGCGCGGACUGGUCGGAUGAGAUGCGAGCGAGCGGGAAGAUGGUACAGGAAGGGUUGCCUGAAGGACGUCGAGGGACGCCAAGGGCAGGCCUCUGAGGUCGAGAAAGGGCGGGAUAUACUGGUGUGGCUUGCCGUCUAGACAGAUCCGGCGUCUUGCGAG